CGAUAUACGGAUAACAGAGCGAAGCAGAUAAAGUAAAGGGAAUCAGUUUAUUUAUUCUCACAGGGAUGGCGGAUUUUUCGACUUGCCAGGUUUUUGAGCUUCCAAAUUUAAUACAAAUAAAAACUGAUUUAAUCAGGGCAAACAAAGAAUGCUCACGUCGUAAACUACUUAAUAGUGCUAAAUGGGCUGCAGAAUUAUCAUCAGCUGUAGAUGCAUCAGUUGAUUACCAACAAAUCUUACUUCUCCAGGAACCUAAGGAUUAUUAUGAGGAGUAUGAUAAGUUUGCUUUGGCCUCAAGUUAUUUUGAUCUGAAAGAAUAUGACAGAGCAGUGUACUUCUUACAAGAAUGCAGUAGUUCAAAUAACUACUUUUUGUACCUGUAUGGACGCUAUCUGGCUGAUGAAAAAAGAAAAGUGGAUAAUGCUUCAGACUCUAUAGGUCCUCCUGAUCACCUGGAGAAUGAGCAUUUGAAAACUUUAAAGAUAGAACUAAGUAAAAAAUACAUAAUGAAAGAACUUGAUGGAUUUUGUUUAUAUCUAUAUGGUAUAGUUUUAAAAAAGCUAGACCUAUUGAAAGAAGCUUUAGAAAUGUUGGUAGAAGCUGUUAAUUAUGAACCAUUACAUUGGGGUGCAUGGUUAGAACUGGCUGUCCUCAUACCUGAUAAAGAAACUUUGUUGUCAUUAUCAUUACCCAGCCAUUGGAUGAAGAAUUUAUUCUUAGGACACAUGUACUUAGAAUUACAGCUAAAUGAAGAAGCCCUCAAGAUUUAUCAAGGUCUUGUAGAUGGAGGAUUUAGUAAAAGUACAUACAUUGUAUCCCAGAUGGCUGUAGUUUAUCAUAACAUGAGAGAGAUUGAUAUGUCAGUGACAGCAUUUGCAGAAUUACAAGAAUUAGAUCCAUAUCGAUUAGAAAACAUGGACACCUACUCAAAUCUACUCUAUAUAAAGGAGAUGAGAGCAGACCUUGCCCAUUUAGCACAUAGAUGUUGUGAUAUUGACAAAUACAGAGUGGAAACAUGCUGUGUUAUAGGAAAUUAUUAUUCCUUAAGACAACAACAUGAGAAAGCUGUAAUGUAUUUCCAGAGAGCAUUAAAACUGAACCCUCAUUAUCUGUCAGCAUGGACAUUGAUGGGACAUGAAUUUAUGGAAUUGAAAAAUACAUCAGCUGCAUUACAGGCUUACAGACAAGCUAUAGAGGUAAACAGAAGGGAUUAUAGAGCCUGGUACGGAUUAGGACAGACAUAUGAAAUUCUAAAGAUGUAUCAUUAUUGUUUAUAUUAUUACAGACAAGCUCAACAGCUGAGACCAAAUGAUUCCAGAAUGGUUGUAGCACUUGGAGAGUCUUAUGAGAAAUUAGAAAGAUUACAGGAGGCUAAAAAAUGUUUUAGGAAAGCUCAUAGUAUUGGCGAUGUAGAAGGAAUGGCUAUCAUAAAAUUAGCUAAACUUCAUGAGAGAUUAUCAGAAGAAACACAUGCUGCUGCUGCUUAUACAGAAUAUGUUAAUGAGGCUAACAGACAAGGGAUAUUCAACCCAGAGGAUUUAAGCCAAGCUUAUAAAUAUCUUGCCAAUUUUAACUUUGCUCAAGGUCAACUAGAUGAAGCAUAUGCUGCAGCCCAGAAAUGCACAGAAUUUCAGGAGACAAGAGAAGAGGCUAAAGUUAUUCUACGUAAUAUACAGGACCUAAGAUCCAAGAAAGAAACAAUAUCAGACAUUAGAAUGGAUGACAGUUGUGGUUCUAUAACAACAGAGAGAUUUCAUGGAGCAGAUCACACACCAAUUAGUUCAUUAUCACCUGUUAAUCUUAGAUUCACACCUGGUGAUUCUUGUUAGAAUAAAGAUCACACACCAAUUAGUUCAUUUUCAACUAUAAAUCUUAGAUUCACACCUGGUGAUUCUUGUUAGAAUAAAGAUCACACACCAAUUAGUUCAUUUUCAACUAUAAGUCUUAGAUUCACACCUGGUGAUUCUUGUUAGAAUAAAAAUCACACACCAAUUAGUUCAUUAUUACCUGUAAAUCUUAGAUUCACACCUGGCGAUUUUUGUUAGA